UCCCUCCCUCCUCCUCCUCCUCGGCCAUCACCGUCGCCGGCCAGGCCGCGCGCCGCAAUCUCGGGCGAGCUGCAGGAGCAGACAGCCGCCUCUCUGCAGGAGGGGAGAAGACGUCGGGGAGCGCCUAGAAAAGGGUGGUUCUGUGGGUCAACAUGCAGGAGAGCUACGAAACCGUGAUCUCGCUGGCAGAAGAAAUCGCCAUCAGUUGGCCCCGCAUAACGGCCUUCACAGAGACCAGAGGGCGGCGAGGCCUGGCUCCUGGGCUAGAAAUGGAGCCAGAGCAAGGGCAGCUGGCGCCCACGCAAGGCCAAGCCGCCGCAGCCGCUGCCACCACUGCUGGCUCCAGCGAAGAAGGGAUCCUGCCGGACUUCCGGAGGCAGCUGGGGGUGAUCCUGCAGACCGUGGGCAAGGCGCAGGUGGAGAAGAUGCUGAGAGAGCUGGUGAAGGAGCAGGAGCAGCAGGGCAGAGUCAGGCGGCGGAAGAGAGUGGCCAGGAGCCCCCGGCACGGAGCAGCAGGCGAUGGCAGGCAGAACAGUCUGGAGGCCCCGCGGGAGCUUCACGCUGGACUCUUUGAAGGGUCUGCAGUCCUGGCCCGGAAGCCGCCUGAGAACGAGCUGCAGAUGCCCCUUUCAUAUCCGGGGCCCUUGGCGGGGCAAAAGCCACCCGUUUCUGGGAAGACUGGCCACGGAGAUGCCAAAGAGCACAAGAACAGCCUUUCCCAUCAGCAGAGCUCCUUGGUGGGGGCAAGGUGGGGGUCAGGCUCCGAGCCCCGGGACAGCAUCGGCUGCAGUCUGUUCGGUAGCAUCGGUCGGGACACCCUCGACGAAGGGAGGAUCUGGCCACCGUUUGGCGAGAGAGCCCAGUUCUUGUCCGGGUGGCAGAAACCACGCUACGUCCAGAGACGCCGGCGCCCGCCCGCAGGAGAGAAACCGCACCGCUGCGGCCCGUGCAGGAGAUCCGGUUCGCCAUUGAACUCUGCCCUGACCCUUCCGCCGGACCCCGCCUCAGCGUCUUCCGCGGUUCUGUCGCUAAACUCCACGGAGCCGCUGACCUCUGCCCAGCCCUCACCGGUAAACUCUGCUGUGGCACCGUCUCGGAAACCCCACGCCUGCGAGGAGUGCGGGAAGCGUUUCCGAAUCCUCGCCAACUUGGAAAGGCACCAGCAGCGCCACGCGGCGGAAAAGCCACACCAGUGCCGUGACUGUGGGCGGCGCUUCCGCUGGGGCUGCCACCUGGAGCGCCACCGGCGCUCACGGCGCUGCGUGGAGUGCGGCGGGGGCCUGGCGACGCCUCCCCCGCCUCCAUCCCCACCCCCAGAACCGGACCGGCCGUACUCCUGCGGGGAAUGCGGGAGGCGGUUCACCCAGCGCUCAGCACUCAGCAAGCACCGGCGCCUGCAUUCCGGGGAACGCCCCUACGGCUGCGGGGAGUGCGGGAAGCGCUUCCUGCAGCGCUCCGACCUCACCAUCCACGUGCGCUCGCAUUCCGGGGAGCAGCCCUACGUCUGCACCGAGUGCGGCCGUCGCUUCAGCGUCAGCUCCAACCUCAGCAAGCACCGGCGCAUGCACCGCGGCGAGCGCCCCCACGCCUGCACCGUGUGCGCCAAACGCUUCCUGCAACGUUCCGAGCUCCUCAUCCACCAGCGGGCUCACACCGGGGAGCGGCCCUAUCCCUGCACGGCCUGUGGGAAGCGCUUUGCUCGCCGCGCUCAUCUCAAACGCCACCAGCGCACCCACGGCGGGCUGCCCCCCGCCCCCCGCCACCAGAGUGCCCGAUUGCUCAGCGCCUCUGCCAUGGACACCGUGUCCCUUCUGGACCACCAGCAGCACGAACGCGGGGGGGUGCCCGACACCCGUGAAUCACAGCCCCGCGCCCACACACCUCCCGCAGCAGGGCCCACGGUGUUCACGGCAGCCCGAGGCGCGGCAGGCACUGCCUCGUUGGGCCUGCCCUGGGCCGUAUCCUCCUCUGCCCGCCUCCCUUUCUGCUCCAGCCCUCUCUGACCCUUUGGGUGCUUCCCCAGCACUCCUGCCUUUCAUCAGUCCCUCACGGCCAGUGGGUGCCCCUAGCUGAACCUCAGUUUCGUGGGCGGGGGUCUAACCCUCUGUAGAUGGGUGGGAGGUGCUGACGGGGCACGGGAGCAGUCGACCUUUCGGAGCCCGACUGUUAUUCGCCAGGUAACCUGGCAGCUUUGUUUCUUUGCGUGGCCUCCUGCCAGCCUCGCUUGGAGCAUCUGGUGUCCGGAUGGAGCAGGUCGUAGACAGGCGGCCACCGUCCCCACGUGGGACAUUAGCAAUAUUCCCUGGAGUCGUGAUUGAGCUCUUGAACACCAGGUCAGCACGAUCAAGCUGGACACAUUAGUAAGUCUUGGAGUGUGUGUGUGGGGGGGGGAGGGUGUCAAUUAAUCUGCUUUUCUGCAGGAGGGGGGAGGAAGCACUCCAAGUCGACUGUAGCUAAGAGGGGUCGGCAAGCACCACCGUUUGUGCACCUCGGUGUGAUCACGGGCACUCACUUCCUAGGUGCACACACACACACAAAGAUGCCCGCCCUCUGGCCACCGACUACCACGCCACAACUUCCCCCUUCCUUCAUAGGCAUUCGUGCUCCCUGCCGCCCCUCGCAUUGUCCCUACAGCGGGUUCGUGGCUCAACGUCUCCCUUCCUUUGGUCAGUCUGCCUUUGUUUCCUUCUGUGGAGGAGAAGUUUCGCUGGGCUUCACCGAGAUGCUGAGCCCCUCCCAAACCGGCACAUUGGCCCGGUGGCUCUCCCACUAUGUGGGGGUGGGUUUCCUCCAAAGCUCCCUCUAAGCUGUGGAGUCUCGUGAGCAACAAUCCUACUGUGUGAGCA